AGGCUCUGACACACAGCUGAGGCCGCUGGAGUUGGAGCUAGGGGCGUGGCUUUCGGGGCUAUCUCUUUUUCUUCCCAUUCCCGCCGCGGCCCGGGACGAGCUACCAAUGGGGUUGGAGUGAGUUGGAAGGGCUCCACUUAGGGGGCGUGGCUUCCUGGGUUCGCUUUCCCCACUCCUGUGAGGCAGGGGGCGGGGUUUGCUAAGCUGUCCCUUUCUAUACCCUCCUUCCUCCACGGGAGGGGGCGGAUCUUUCGGUGAGACCCGGACGAGCCUAUCGGUCGGCGACGAGUACGCUUUGAGAUCCCGAGUGUGUGUGUGUCGCCAUGUCUUUCUGCUCCUUUGGCGGAGAGGUUUUCCAGAACCACUUUGAGCCAGGUGUCUAUGUUUGUGCCAAGUGUGGCUAUGAGCUCUUUUCCAGUCGUUCAAAGUAUCACCAUUCCUCUCCAUGGCCAGCCUUCACUGAGACAAUACAUGCUGACAGUGUGUCCAAGCGUCCAGAAUCUGGCCGGUCAGAAGCCUUAAAGGUGUCCUGUGGCAAGUGUGGCAAUGGCCUGGGUCAUGAGUUUAUCAACGAUGGACCAAAGAAGGGCCAGUCUCGCUUCUGAAUAUUCAGUAGCUCCCUAAAGUUCGUUCCUAAAGGCAAUGAAACUUCAGCCCCAAAGAGAAAAUAAUUGGGCAGUAGAGAGGAAAUACUGGUUAUGGACAAAUUGCAACCAACAAUUUAAUUUGUAAUCAUCAAUUAAGUUGGACUUCAUAAAAAUUCAGACCAUCAGACUGAAAGACUACUGAAGAAACUACAAAGACCUUGAAGUCAGAAGAUCCUAGAUAGAGAGCUGGGAGGGACCUUUAAGUCCGUCUAUUCCCUGCUUUAUAGCUGAGACAAGUGAAAGCCAGAGAAGUGGACAGAACUUAAAAAGGACACACAAGUGAUGACAGAGAGGGGAUUUAAACUCAGAUCCUCUUAGUCCAGAUCCAACACAAGUCCAAUCCAAGGUUCUGGUCUGCCUCUCUUCAUUUCCUUUAGGUAGGUUCUUUCUAGGUAAAAAACAAUAUUUAGGGAAUGAGAAGUAAAAACUCACUGAUGAAUACUUAUUGCACACAUUUGUAAAGCCAAUCUAGAAUUUGAUUUUAUUUUUUAGUGAGAGUAUAAAUUCCAAAUACUUAAAAUUUUUAGAUUUUUCUAAACUUUUGACCCUAUAGAGAUAGAAUUCUUAAUGUUAGUCAGCCAUUCAUUUCCUGUUUAAUCUUAUCCUAUUCUUUCAGCUUGCCCUCUAUACUCCAGAAGUUCUAAAUGAUGAUCUUUUGUAUUCCAGGUGGUCUACUUUUGAAAGAGAAUUUGAUUGACUUUAAGUAGUAUAAAUACCAGAUUUCCAUGAAGCUUUAGGAAAGAAGGCAAAUCCUGAAAAUCUUUUCCUGUUACUUUGGUUUGGGGUCACAGUAUGAAUUGCCCUGGUUAAACCCUUAUAGGAUGGCCAUGGUGAUGAAGGUUAGUGACCAGGCCAGAAAACGGGACAAAUAUUUUUGGUCUUUAUUUGCAAGAGAGAUUUUAAAGAUAUAUUUUUAACUGUUUCACUGCAACUUGGGUUUCUUAGGCUUAGGAAACACCUAGUUGGUCAAUUACCUCUGAAUGUGGGAAGGACUAUUUCCUUUACUACUUUUAAGCAUUUUGUCUGAUACCACCCUCAUUUUAAUGAUCUAUAGUCAUUUUUCUGGCAGAGAGAAGGAAAAAGCCUCAUGGGUUUUUUUUUCCUCAUCAUUUCCCAUAGGUGGAUUGAAGGGGAGGCCUUUCAUAGCUUCCAGUUCCCAAGACAUACUGCCUUUUUUGAUAGGCCAGAGAUCCAGGAAGUCUGAGUGCCUCCUUUGCUGAUUAGCACAAUGUGUACCUUGCACAUGGUAGUCCAACUGUUAAUACAAAUAAUGUGAAGUUCUUAGAUGUGAUCCGUUAUAAAUGUUAGAGACUGAUUCAUUUUCAGCAAAGAGAUCCAUCAUUAUGGCUUACAUAUACUUCAUCAGUUCUAUACACUUGCCCCCUUUUUGCAAUGACACUGAGCAAUAUGUGUCAUCCUUUGGAAGAUUUUUACCACGCCAUUAUCCUAGAAGAAGCAGCCUGGCAGAGAAGAGUUCUGGAUUUGGAGACAGAAAGAUUUUGGUUCCAAAUUCAUCUCUGACAUUUGCUGUUUGUGUGACUAUGGACAAGUUACUUAACCUCUUUGAGGUUUGAGGCAGCUCUCUAAGACUUAUCUUGCUAAGUUAAGCACAGCUCCUUUGAGAGCUCCAUAAAGUCACAGAUGCUUGAAGUAUCCUCUUGUUUUUUCUCUCCAUGUGGCAAUGAUUGGACAAAAAAAAAUCAUUUCAUUGGAAAAUCAUGAUGUAGGAGGAGCAGCUAGGUGGCUCAGUGGAAAGGUAGGUCUGGAGACUGCAGGUCUUGGGUCUCAGACACUUUCUAGCUGUGUGACCCUGAGCAAGUCAUUGAUCCCCAAUUGCCUACCCCUGCCAGUCUUCUGUCUUAGAACUGAUGCUAUGAAUGUAUGGGUUUAAAAAAAGAAGAAAAGAAAAACCAUGAUUUGAAUAAAAUUUUGUGUCAUUUUGAA